UGCUUACUCCACAACAUCAAUCCCUCCUGAAAACCGUUACUUCAGAUGGUAAAAAGCGUUCUAGUGAACAAGCCAUAAAUGAAUUGACAUCUGUCAUGGAGGAAACGGUUCGUUCAAACACUCUUGAUGCACCUGACUGGCAAACUUUAAGGAUAGCACAUACUGCACGAAAGCUGUAUGCGGGCAAUCUUGGUACUAGAAUAUCUUUAGCUGAGUAUGUUCGCUUAACAAAAAAAUUUAUUGAUACAUUAGCAAAAGCUAGUGAGGAAACCAAUGGAGGUCAGUGCAACGGAAAUAAUGAGAUUAAUAGUAAACACAAGGAAAUUAUUGUUGAACGCGUUGAUAGCAAUGUUUUGCAUGUGGAUAAUCCAGCGUUUAAAGAAAAGAUUACACAUCAAGAUGUUGACAUUCAUGUCUUAUCGAGAGAUCUGGCUGUAAGC